CAGCGCAGCCCGCGGCCCCCGCGCGGAGCCAGGCCCGCUGCCGUCCCCGCCGCCUGCUCCCCCGGCAUGCAGCCCCGGCUGCGGAGGUGACACUUCUGGGCUGUAGCCGCCGCCGCCGCCGCCAUCGCCACCAUGGAUGAACAGGAGGCAUUAGACUCAAUCAUGAAGGACCUGGUGGCCCUCCAGAUGAGCCGACGUCCCCGGGUGUCUGGAUAUGAGACCAUGAAGAACAAGGACACAGGUCACUCCAACAGGCAGAGUGACGUCAGAAUCAAGUUUGAACACAGUGGGGAGAGACGAAUUAUAGCGUUCAGCCGGCCUGUGAGAUAUGAAGAUGUGGAGCACAAGGUGACAACAGUGUUCGGGCAGCCUCUUGAUUUACAUUAUAUGAAUAAUGAGCUCUCCAUCCUCUUGAAAAACCAAGAUGAUCUUGAUAAAGCAAUCGACAUCUUGGAUAGAAGCUCAAGCAUGAAAAGCCUUAGGAUACUUCUGUUAUCCCCAGACAGAAACCAUACCAGUUCCUCUCCCCAUGCUGGAGUGUCCAGGCAGGUUCGCAUCAAGCCUUCCCAGUCCGCAGGGGAUGUAAAUACCAUCUACCAAGCUCCUGAGCCCAGAAGCAGGCACCUUUCUGUCAGCUCCCAGAACCCUGGCCGAAGCUCUCCUCCCCCUGGUUAUGUACCUGAGCGACAGCAGCAUAUUGCCCGGCAGGGAUCCUAUACGAGCAUCAACAGCGAAGGGGAAUUCAUCCCAGAGACCAGCGAGCAGUGUAUGCUAGAUCCCCUGAGCAGUGCCGAGAAUUCCCUGUCAGGAAGCUGUCAAUCCCUGGACAGGUCAGCAGACAGUUCAUCCUUCAGGAAAUCACAAAUGUCCCGAGCCCGGAGCUUCCCAGACAACAGAAAAGAAUGCUCAGAUCGGGAGACCCAGCUCUAUGAUAAAGGAGUCAAAGGCGGAACCUAUCCCAGGCGCUACCACGUGUCUGUGCAUCACAAAGACUACAGUGAUGGCAGAAGAACAUUUCCCCGAAUACGGCGACAUCAAGGCAACCUGUUCACUCUGGUGCCCUCAAGUCGCUCCUUGAGUACAAAUGGCGAGAACAUGGGUGUAGCUGUACAGUACCUGGACGCCCGUGGACGCCUGCGGAGUGCAGACAGCGAGAACGCCCUCUCUGUGCAGGAAAGGAAUGUGCCAACCAAAUCUCCUAGUGCUCCCAUCAAUUGGCGUCGGGGGAAGCUCCUGGGUCAAGGCGCCUUCGGCAGGGUCUACUUGUGCUAUGAUGUGGACACAGGACGUGAACUUGCUUCUAAGCAGGUCCAGUUUGACCCAGAUAGUCCUGAAACAAGCAAGGAGGUGAGCGCUCUGGAGUGUGAGAUCCAGUUGCUGAAGAACCUGCAGCAUGAGCGCAUUGUGCAGUACUAUGGCUGCCUGCGGGACCGUGCUGAGAAGACCCUCACCAUCUUCAUGGAAUAUAUGCCAGGGGGCUCUGUAAAAGACCAGCUGAAGGCCUACGGAGCUCUGACAGAGAGUGUGACCCGCAAGUAUACCCGGCAGAUCCUGGAAGGCAUGUCAUACCUGCAUAGCAACAUGAUUGUGCAUCGGGACAUCAAGGGAGCCAAUAUCCUCCGAGACUCAGCUGGGAAUGUGAAACUUGGGGACUUUGGAGCCAGCAAACGCCUGCAGACCAUCUGCAUGUCAGGGACAGGCAUGCGCUCUGUCACUGGCACACCCUACUGGAUGAGUCCUGAAGUCAUCAGCGGCGAGGGCUACGGAAGAAAGGCAGAUGUGUGGAGCCUGGGCUGUACUGUGGUGGAGAUGCUGACAGAGAAACCACCUUGGGCAGAGUAUGAAGCUAUGGCUGCCAUUUUCAAGAUUGCCACCCAGCCCACCAAUCCUCAGCUGCCCUCUCAUAUCUCGGAACACGGCAGGGACUUCCUGAGGCGCAUUUUUGUGGAGGCUCGUCAGAGACCCUCAGCUGAGGAGCUGCUCACACACCACUUUGCACAGCUAGUGUACUGAGCUCUCAAGGCCCUGCUGCUCCCAGCUGCCACCUGCUGAGCAGGCAAGGGGCUGCUGCCAGGCUCAGUGAAGUUGCUGCUUCUUCAGGCAAGGCUAUGGACAGUGGAGCUUCAGUCCAGCCAUUGCUUGUCUGUCUGUGCCCUGUCACAGCCAGGAUGGGAUAGCUGUGGCACCAAGACUGGGAGCCCCCAGCCUGUAAGACCCAAGAGCCUCAGCAUCCUAAGCUCAGUGUGGAGGGAAAGGGGCUGGGAACAGUGUGCAAGACAGCCAUGGUGGGCCCUGCCUGCCCUCAUCUGUGUCCUAGCACUGCAGUUAGCACUGACGCUGAGAGGGACUGGGGCGCAGGACCUUCUCAAGGGUAUGGAUAGUGUUAUUUCAUUCAGAGUGUUGUUUUUCCUCCCAAUGUUUGGAGACCACCAGAGAGUCUCUGAGCUACACAAGCCCACUCAAGCCUGAGGUAAAACUCAGCAUCCCCAGCUAACAAGAAGGUAGAGGUCUGGGCUGCCCUCACUGAGAGCCUCCAGGUAUGCUUUGCCAGUCCUGUCUUUUACCAAAGAUGAAUGAAGCAAAUGUUUUGCUGCCUUAUUCUGGGAAGGAGCCUGCCCCCAUAAGCAGGGCCUGAGAUGUAGAGCUGCCUCCAAUAAUUGGGGAAACCCAGCAUUGUCAAUGCAAUUGUCUGUUUUACAUGCUGGAGUCACUCAUGCUGUUCCCAGUUUUUAAACUGGAGACUUUACCCUCUGAGCUCUAGAGACCCAUGUGGAAGAGUUGAUGGGAUGGGCUCCACUCCUGGCUGGCAUCUGCUCCCUCACUGGAGCAGAGAGGGUAGGCAACACAAGGAAGGACAGCUGGCUCUGGCCCCAUGGGGCAGUUGAGAGUGCUGGGGCGGGGAGGUGUUGCGGGCUGUGUGCGUAUCAAGCCUGUUGGGUUUGAGCCUACCCCAUUGGGUACAAAGUUCUUGUGCCACCACCAACCAUGCCCAGAACCACCGGCUGUGUUCCUGAGCCUGCCUUGCCCAGUUGUAUCAUCAGCCUCAUUCCCUUCUUCGCCAACAGGGGUUGUGGAAAGAGCAUCUCCAAGCAGCUUAGAGUUGGCCAUAUUUACCUCAGCCUGGGUGCUGGUCCUUUCUUCCAGCCCCUUCCUUCCCCUCCAAAUGUGCCUAUUGCUAGAGCUCCUCCCUCCCAACUCCCAAGUUUCUUAGGAGUUGUCAUUAAAGGAAAAAAGAAAAAGAAAAAAAGCCAGUGCCCAGGGAUGGACAUCUCCAGGGAGCUGGGGAUUAGCGCCAGGCAGCUCUUUGCCAGCCAUGCCCACUUGCUCAUGGGCACAGAACAAGCCAAAGCCUUCGUUGUAUGUUGACGAUGCACUUUUAUGAAUGUAGUUUCUAUCGCUGUUUUUAGCCUUUUCACAUCAUGUAAUGUGAGGCCUUGUACUUGUUAAUUUAUAUCUCAGAUCCAUAUUUGAUGGUUUUUAUAUAUAUCAAUUCUAGACUGUUACCGGUGAUGGACUCCUGAAGAGAGAACAGGAAUUGAAAGCAGCUGGUUUUGCAGAUAUGUGUAUUGCACGGUGCCAAUUGGGCCUGGGCCCGUUUUAUUUCCUUGUCCUCGGGGGUCUGUCAGGCUACUCUCUAACUGCUCUGAAGCUAGUGAGCAAAGUCGUACUUCCAGCUCAGCCUUUAUCCAAAGUGGGGACUGGCCCCUCUUCUAGACCAAAGCUGCCAAAAGGCAGCUUGGCCUCUCCAUGACCCCAUCCUGAUGGCUGUAGCACCCCUUAGCCUAUCCCCAUCCACAGCCCCAAACCCCAAGAGGAAAUAAAGCUUGGUGGGCUGACAAGUUGUCACAUGAGACAACUCUGCUUGUCACAGGUUUAGGCUUUCACAGUGGUGUCCCCACCCCCACCCCCAUGGCAGGGGGCAUCUUACCUCAUAGGGAAUAUUUCUAAAAUGAACUUAAAAGCCAACAAAUUCUGCACUCCAGAGGGAGGUGGAAGACCCCCCUUUUUUGUGUGCCAAAAAAACUGUGGACAUGCUGGCUCAGCAUCCUCAGGACCAAGCUAUUAAUUUAUUUUUUUCUUAUUAAGAACUCCAAAUGAGAAGUUGUGGGCCUCUAGGAUGGCCUGAGCCCAAAGUUCUGAAGGAUGAAGUCUCCUCGCAGCCCUCGGCCUGCUGUGCAAAGAUGCUGUGCCACCAUUUGUUCUUCAUUCCAUGGGGUGUUUCUGCCUUCACCAACCCCACAUGGAAGGGCCAGGUGCAUGCUGCCAUCCCCUGUCCUUCCCACU